GGGAUUUGGGGGGUUGGUGCAUUGCAAAACCCUGAGUGUGAACUCCAACUUUAAGAUAAACCCUCUCAGCUAAGCAUAGCUGAGGAAGAAGAGGAAGAAGUAGUUACCACUUACCACUAACCAUGUCAGCUUCAAAGCUCGCACUGUACGGAUUCGGAACCACCCUGUUCCGUACCCAUCGAUUCCUCUCUUCUUCCUUUCUUCCCUUCUCUAAACCAAUCCUUCCGCUACCGCCGUCACCUCUGUCGACCAGGACAACCGCCUCCAAAUCCACCAUCCUUGGCCCGAAUGGAUCUCUUUCGUCGACCGUUUGAGUACCAAAGGCUAUCUAACCAAAUCCUCUUCUUCUGGCGAUGAUGGAGACGACGCCGUUUACGUCAACAUGAACCUCUUGAAGGAUGCCUGUCUCAGCUUCGGUCGUGACCGCUACGAUCUUUUCAGGUUGCUGUCCUCGAGUGAUCUUCAAGCAAUCGUGGAGGGAGGAUGUCCUAAUCUUCUCCGAAAAGCUGUAAAUUCGGCUAAAAGGUUGAGAGCCCACCUGCAAUUAGAUGAAGGGGAUGUCUGUAGUGCUUGCCACCUGCGAGGCUCCUGUGAUAGGGCUUAUGUGAUUAUGGAGACCCUUGGAGUUGAUGCUCGAACUGUGGAUGUAGUUAGAAUACUUUUGUUCUACGCACUAGAUCCAGUUGUUCUUUCUGGUGGAGAGAAACCCUCGGGGAGAGAACUUGUUGAAUCAUCUGUGCGAAAACUUCUCUCCCAGCUGAUUGAGUUGAGUGAGUCAUCUCCUGCUCCAGCUCCUCAUGCUCCUGCUCGAUCAAAGCCCACUGCCCAAAAUGCUGUGGCAGAAGGCCAACCACUAACUUCAACAACUAGUAAAUUUUCAAAAGAAGCGGAGAUGAAGAAACAUGACUGGAUUUGCCAAAAAUGCAAUUUUAUGAACUUCUCUAGGAAUACAGAAUGCUUAAAUUGUAAAAAAAAUAAGCCAAAGGAUGUUGAUCUGCCUACUAAUCAAAUGAGUAAAGGAGAUUGGAUAUGUCCAGAAUGCAGUUUUAUGAAUUUUUCCAGAAAUUUUCAGUGUCUAAAAUGUAAGACAACCGGGCCCAAGAGGAUCAAUCUAGAUGAAGUUGAAAUGAAAAAAGGAGAUUGGAAUUGUCCACAGUGCGGGUUCAUGAAUUUCGCUAGUAAAUCGAAGUGUUUGCGUUGCUCUGAGCAAAGACCCAAGAAACAUCCCGGGGACUGGAGUUGCUCCAAGUGUGGUUUCAUGAAUUUUGCUAGUAAAGUGAAGUGCUUGCAUUGUCAAGAGCCAAGUCCUAGUUCCAACAAAUAUCAACAUCCCGGGGAUUGGAGUUGUCCUAAGUGUAAUUUCUACAAUUAUGCAAGAAAUAAGAAUUGUCUGAAGUGCAACAUUGAACGACCUAAAGAGCAACCAACCAAUGAGCAUGAGGAGCAUGUUUGGAAAAGAUCAUAUUGAUGAAGAGAUCCAUAGGGCGGCAUUUGCAUGGUGGAGUCAAAUGUGGGUUUUCUUUCCAGUUUAUUUUAUAGUCAUUUCAUUAGAAAGAUACACAUCUGCAAUAUAAUCAGAGAGAGUUAUUUGAAUGUAAUUGAAGAUGUUUAAUAUGAUCAUGUACAGAUCUAGAAGCAAAUUUAACGAUGUGUAAUGUACCAUCACUAAUAUAUCUGGAGUUGGAUUGAAUCUCGUGAAAUGUGAAUGUUCCAACUUAAUAAGGAAGAAAUAUACGAAGACGAAAAUUCAUG